UUGUUGUGAUUGGCGCGCACGUCCAACAGUUCGCAUUUGUUCGGCUCACAGUCAUGGAAAUUGCUCGUGUAUUAGAAUUCUAGUGUUUUAGGCAACAAAUAGGACAGCACAACGAACCAUAGGUCGGCGAAAGAGGCCAUUUUGCAUCUUCUUUGGGGCUACGGCUUCCGUGUGAACCACGUCCUUGGUGUCCCAACUCCCAGCCAAUGGUGCCACAUCAUAGCAGCUGAAACACACCGUGCAGCUGAACCAUUCCUCGUUUCUCCAUCCCCUGCGCCAGUGUGUGCGAGAGAUGGCGUCCGGGAGAAGUACACUGGCGGAAAGCCUCCGAGAGCUGUACCAGUUCAGUGUGGUCGACUACUGCAUGUUUGGUGCGAUGCUGAUGCUUUCCGCUGCCUGCGGGAUCUACUUUGGGUUCUUUAAGCGGAACAAGGGCGGUGACUCGGAGACGCCGGAAAGCAGCAGCAGUGACGAUGAGAGUGCCCACCGUACGGUGACGGUGGCGAGCGGAAGCAAGCGCACCAAAACCACGUUCGGUUCCUCAACGAUGGAUGAGUACUUGCUGGGAUCGAGGAAGUUGAAGGCGUUCCCGGUAGCGAUGAGUCUUGUGGCGGGAUACAUAUCAGGGGUAACGAUACUGGGGACGCCGGCUGAGAUCUACAACUUUGGCACACAAUACUGGUUGAUCGUGAUUCCCAUUCUGCUGAUGGGUGUUGCGGUUUGUACCGUGUAUCUGCCGGUGUUUUGCUCGUUGAAGCUGAACUCUUCGUACGAAUAUCUGGAGCUGCGGUUCAGUUCGUCCGUUCGAUCGAUAGCGUCAGUGAUGUUUGUCAUAGACGAGCUGCUUUUCCUACCGAUGAUCAUUUAUGUGCCAGCGUUAGCUUUCAAUCAAGUAACCGGCUUCAAUCUGUACGUGAUCGGUGCGAUCGUGUGCGUAGUUUGUAUAUUUUACACAUUACUGGGAGGCAUCAAAGCGGUGGUAUUUACCGAUGCGUGGCAAGUGGUCGUAAUGUUCAUCUCGGUGGUAGUUGUCGUUAUUAUCGGAACGAUCGCAAUCGGCGGCCCUGAUGUCAUCUGGGACCGGUCGGUAGAAGGGGGCCGGAUAGACUUCUUCAACUUUAAUCCCUCGAUGUACGAGCGACAAACGUUCUGGGCGGUGCUGAUCGGUGGCUUCUUCUACUGGACCUCGUUCAACUCCGUCAAUCAAACGAUGGUACAGCGCUACAUGUCUCUACCGAAUCUGAAGAAAGCAAAGCUCUCCAUCGCCAUGUUUACCGUAGGAAUGGGCGUGUUUGUGUCGGUUUGCUGCUACGCGGGGCUGCUGCUGUACGGCAAGUACUUCGAGUGCGACCCGACCUCCGUUGGGCUGGUGACGACGGACGAUCAGCUGUUCCCACACUACGUGAUGGAAUCGGUGGGCAAGCUGAAGGGCAUCCCGGGCCUGUUCAUUGCCGGCGUGUUUGGAGCCGCGCUUAGCUCCCUUUCCGUGGUGCUAAACUCUACCUCAGCCGUCCUGCUGGAGGACAUACUGAAAGGGCUGUUCCGGGUAAACCCAUCCCCUUUCGUCGCGAACGUGUUCGUGCGGGGCAGUGUAGUAGUGCUCGGGCUGGCCGCAAUGGGCUGUUUGUUCAUCAUCGAAAAGCUGGGCGGUAUCUUGAGCGUAGCGACAUCGCUAUCUGCCAUUGCGGCCGGCACUACGUGCGGCAUCUUCACGCUGGGCAUGUUGGUCCCGUGGAGCAACACCAAGGGCGCCCUGUUCGGUGGUGUGUCCGGUGCGCUUCUGUCCGGCUGGGUGUCGCUUGGCAGCCAAUUUGCCGGUGCGGCGGGUGAGAUCGUCCCACACAAGCUGCCCGUCUCGAUCGACGGCUGCAUCGAAGAUCUGGUCACCAACGUUACGAUGGUGAAUCCUGUCUACCCGGACGAGAGUGGAGUGUUUCCGCUGUACCGGUUGUCCUACCAUUGGAUCACACCGAUCGGUGUAACGACAGUGCUGAUCGUCGGAACGAUCGUAUCGUUCCUCACGGGACCACGCGAUCUGCGGCACAUCGAUCCGGAACUGAUCUCGCCCGUCAUCCAUCGGUUCCUGCCCCAAGAAUCGUUCGGCAACUUUGGAACGGCAAGCAAAAACUGUGGUGCAGUGGCGCCGGUGAUAUUUUGUGAAGAAAUGCAACCGCACACGAACAUUGCGUCCUCUUCCGGUACACCGUACGGCACAGCGGUGGAACGCAAUGGACAGGUAACGAAAUCUCGAUGAUGAAGCUACUGAUGAUAACUGAAAAACGAACUUAACGCAUAUCCCGUGGAGAAUCCCUGCAUCGGGAAGUCGGGACCUACGCGGCAGCACCGUGCCAAAUUCGAUAGUCAUCAACUCUGGAUCUGAUCCACCGCUAACACUAAGACACCUUUGUGUGUGCGAGAGAGAGAGAGAGAGAGAGAGAGGGACGGAGAGCGAACGAUAGAGGUUAUUGAAAAAUGCGCAAAGACAAACGACGUACGUAGUUUAGGUAGUAAAGGCGGGACCGAGGGCGCCCGGGCAGCCAUUCCAGAAGUAGUAGUUCACUUUUGGCUCUUAGUAAGACUGUGUACAAAACAAUCGAGUGUCUACUUGACUUCCUUACUUACAGUGGGGUGUGUGUGUGGGUGUUAGGGGUUGACGGCCAGUACGGUUUAAAGAGCAGCCAGUUCGAUAUUGUACGGUAAAUUGUGUUUUUGGUUUGUUUUGCUUUAGGUUUUGUAAGAUUUACGUGAUUGUACGCGUAAGCGUGUGAGGGUAUGGGUCGGCAAGCUUGCAACCACCUCUUCCACAACCACCACCUUCCACAAAACCCUCCCCCUACCUCCCACCAUAUCGUUACACGAUCUGUGAUAGACCAUGGUGCAAAAAAAACGCGGUGCAAAAGAAGUGGAUCCAGUCGGACACGGACUGGAGGAGUUGUUUUUUCUUCUUCUCUUGUUGUUUGUUGUGUGGUGGUUAUUGAUUGAAAGGAUGUUUUGAUUGCAACUGGAAGUGGGUGAAGUUAUGUAUUGUAAAAGCCAAUGUGCUUAGUUUGGGAAGUGAGUUCAAAGACGAAUGCUUAAAACAGGUUAAUAGGUGUAUGUAAUGAAUGUAGUAAAAAUAAAGCAGAUGUACGA